AUGAAUAGUAAUGGUAACGAUUUGAAAGAAGAGUCUUUAGAUCCUGCCAAAUAUUUGGCGGAAACUUUUAAGAAGGAGGGUCAUUUAGACAGUUUAAAGAAUGAAAUACUAUCUCAAAAUGUAGAGGGUGAUAUUAGCUUGGACGAAUUCAUAAAGAGCCGAGUAAGGGAUUUAGUUCGUGAUAGGGUAAAUGAAGAUGAGUCUUUAAUUUUCAAGAACAGAGGUACCACGACUGCUCUUCUUGAGGGCCAAUUAUUUAAAGACGGAUUCAAGAGUUUAAACACGUCAAAUAUCGAUGUGGAGAAGCUUCUGAGUGAUUCACUUGACGAUGCGACGACGAGACAAAAGAUAAGAACUAUCCUUGAAGCCAAAACUAAUGAUAGUUGA